AUGCUGUGUGCCAGGAGGAUAGUCGUCCUCUGUGGGUUCGCCCUCUUAGUGUGGGCCGCCCUGGUUGCUGCAAAGGGUGUUGAUGAAGCGCGCAUCCGUGCCAUUAUAGCCAACAUGACUCUUCUUGACAAGGCGCGACAGCUCGACCUCUACUCGGGCAACGACAUUGUGACCACCGGCCAGCUGGACUGGGACCGCAUCGAGCGCGCCUGGUCCCUGGGUGCGGGCGGCGCGGUGCACGACUUCUACCCGCACACGGCCAAGGAGAUCAACCUGCUCCAGCAGUGGGCCAAGCAGAAGUCGCGGCUCGGCAUCCCUUUCCUCUUUAUCGAAGAGUGUCUUCACGUGUUUCCGCAAUCGAAUGCGAUGGGUGCGACGUGGGACACCGACCUCGUGCACCGUGUGGGCCAAGCGAUCGCCGCCGAGGCCCGCGCUUACGGCAUCGGCUUCUGCCUCGCGCCCGUCCUCGGCAUCGGCUACGAACCGCGAUGGGGCAGGAUCGAAGAGCUCUACGGCGAGGAUACCUAUCACGUCUCCCGACUCGGCGUGGCGAUGGUGUCCGGGCUCCAGGGCGGCACGGACCCGCACACGUCGCUGGCCACCAACCACACCGUCGUUGCUGAACCGAAGCACUACGCUGGGCACUCCAUUCCCGAGAGCGGACUGAACACUGCGCCGGCCCACCUUGGCCCACGCGAUCUGGAGACCCUGCUUACAUUGAACGGCCAAGUCCUGGUGGACACGUUCGCCAACCCCAAUUCAACCAGGAACGUUCCAUUCACGUUCGCGGCGGGUGCCAAGUAUGCCGUUGUGUUGGAGUUUGUGCGCCCCAACGAGGGUUCGUACAUGUGCCUUCAGUGGAGCCUCAUCGGCGGCACUCAAGUCGGCCAGAAUCUCGCCGUCAAGGCCGCCGCCGCUGCCGACAUCAUCAUCGCAGUUGUGGGCGAGGACACUCGCACCUGUGGCGAGACGUUUGACAGGCCGACGCUGGACCUGCCCGGCUCGCAGCAGGAGCUGCUCGAGGCCAUACGCGCGGCCGCGCCCAACAAGCCCUUCAUAGCCGUCCUUCUGCACGGGCGGCCCCUGAGCGUGAAUUGGCUGAACGACAACGCCGACGCCAUCAUCACCGGGUUCUACCCCGGGCAGGCCCAGGGCCAGGCGAUCGCCGACGUGCUGUUUGGCGACUACAACCCUGCGGGCCGCAUCCCGGUCACCUUCCCGCAGAGCUCGGGCCAGCUGCCAAUGUUCUACAACUACAAGCCCAGCGCGCGUAAGAACCAGACAGCCAUUUACGCCGAUGGCACCAGCAGCACUCCGCUGUAUCACUUCGGGCACGGGCUGUCGUAUACCCAGUUUGCCUAUAGCAACCUGGCGAUCUCGCCCAUCGUGAUUCUGCCCAGCACUGUGAUGACCAUCACGCUGAACGUGGAAAAUGUGGGCAAGAUGGCCGGCGAGGAGAUGUAUGUGCGGGAUGAGGUGAGCAGCGUCACCACGCCUCUUCGAUCGCUCAAGGGUUUCCAGCGCGUCGGCCUGCAGCCCGGCCAGUCGACGACGGUCACCUUCAGCCUCGACGUCACCAAGGACUUGGUCAUCUACAACAGGCAAUUCAAAUGGGUGGUGGAGCCGGGCCAGUUCACGGUGAUGGUGGGCUCAUCAAGCAACGACAUCCGGCUGACGACCACGUUUCCGGUCCUGUUUUGA